AUGCACCUCUACACUGGAAAUUGGAUCGCAUUUGUUCUCGCCGGGUUGGUCGCGGUCGCAUCUGCCAUUCCAGGCAAUCGUCCACCUAGUCAUGAAGGACCCUGGCCACCAAAGGUCUGCGACUAUACGGCCAAAGGUCCUCAUCUCGAAGCCAAACAGCAAGCAGCCCUCGCGGACUUUGCGCGUCUCUAUGUUGUAGCGAACGAUAUCAAUACCGCCUUCAACCGAUGGAUCCCUGGAAAAUAUAUUCAGCAUAAUCCGAACACAGGUCAAGGCCGUCAGCCAGCCAUAGAUUACCUGAACGGCGUGUACGCAGAUGGGACGGUGACCAACACGCACCUCACCUUUUUUGGAGGACAAGGAUAUGGGGCAAUUCACUUCAAGUCGACGCGCCCGAAGGCCAAUGUUACCUAUGCGAUACUCGACUACUUCAGGUUCGAAGGGACAUGCAUUGUUGAGCAUUGGGAUGUUGUGCAGGAGAUUACGGGAAAGGAGCCCAAUCCGAUUGCGUACUUCUAA